AUGUCUGGACACAGGCACCUGCAGGUGAAGGUCAAGGAGGCCAAGGGCAUCCCAGCGGCUGACUCGAACGGCAAGAGCGACCCCUACGUGGUGCUGACGAUCAACGCCCAGAAGAAGAAGACCAAGACCAUCGAGAAGACCCUGGAGCCCAAGUGGUACGAGGAGUUCCGCUUCGACAUCGACGACGCCAAGCCGAGCGUGCUGCGCCUGGAGGUGUUCGACCACGACAAGUUCAGCAAGGACGACUCGCUGGGCCACUUCGAGCUCAACCUCAAGACCGCCAACAUCCCCAUCGGCCAGUGGACCUCCUUCACCAGGAACCUCCUCCACGACAAGGUCUCUGGCGAACUUCAGUUCGACGUCCUCAUCUCCUAA